CGCUGUCGUUGGUGCUAGCCAGCCUAGAAAGCCUCCUCGACUCUCCCAUUCACCUUCAGCAGCACCACGAGAAGUAGUUGUCCUGUGCAAGGGUGGGGUGAUGCUGCCUUAAGCUCUGUGUUCACCAUCUCUGAUCCUCUGAAUUUAAAGAAAAAGAAAAAGGAAAGGCCAUUGCGCGGUGCGAGUCUUGGGAGGAUGGAGUGGUUGCUGUGGGCUAGCAAGUCCUGAUUUGUUGUAAUGUAUUUGUCAUUAACAUGUGCUUAAUACAAAUGUAGGAAGGAAUGGGAACCCUAUGAAGAACAAAGCUUUGAGCACCAACUGGACUCUCUGACAGUGGAAACUCCUCCUGGAUCUUACAUGCCUUUUUAAACAUACUGAAUCCUGUUGAAGACACCCCUUUCCCCCCCCCUAACUAUAUUUAACCACUUUUUUUUACGUUCAUGUAUCUCUCUCUGUCUUCUAGCACAAGUACAGAAGUAGUAAUCCACGCUCCCCGUUUUUGUUUUUGUUUUUUACUUUCACCUUUUUGUUCCUUUGUAAAGAAAUGCUUUACCUGAAAAAAUACUUCACAGAGGGCCUGAUUCAGUUCACCAUCCUCCUGAGUCUCAUUGGGGUGCGGGUGGACGUUGACAGCUAUCUAAGCAAUCAGCUGCCCCCUCUGAGAGAGAUCAUCCUGGGCCCUAGCUCAGCCUACACUCAGACACAGUUCCACAACCUCCGCAACACGCUGGACGGCUAUGGCAUCCAUCCAAAGAGUGUGGACCUCGACCAAUUCUUUACCACUCGGCGGCUGCUGAACCAGGUGCGCCAGCUGGACCGCCUCUCCGUCCCCAGUACCGAGCUCACCACCUGGCUUGUGCAUCGUGACUCUGAGACUGUGGUGUCCACCAGCAGCCAGCCCAGCCCCAGUAUCACCCUGGACAAUGGGGGCGGCCUAGAGGACGUUAACAACCCUGACGCUACCCCGGCCAUGAGGGGAGGAAGUGUAGGAACUGAAUCCACGUACAACCUGAACGCAGAGGACAGCAGCCUGGGAGCCGUGGCCCCUGAGGGCAACCAGGAGCAACCGGGCAGCAGGGAUGGCAAUGAUGACCUCAGCAAAGAGGACAUUGACUUGAUUGACAUUCUAUGGAGACAGGACAUCGACCUCGGUGCGGGAAGAGAAGUGUUCAACUACAGCAACCGUCAGAAGGAGAGCGAGGAGGAGGAGAAGCCCAGCCCACGAGAGAACAAAGACGGGAAUGAGGAACAAGAGCGCUGGAGAAAUGGAGUUAACUUACAAGGUGCCCAGCCGGUGGACGGGGAGACCGGAGAGAGUAUCCCAGAGCAGUUUCCAGCACCGGUUGUUGUCACGGCAGAAAUAGUUUCCAAUGAGGAAGUUCCUUCUACGUCUCAGGGUCUUCCUCUGGCUCCACUCCGGCCUGCAGGAGAGACACAGCUAGACCUGGAGCAGCAGUGGCAAGACAUCAUGGCCAUCAUGGAGCUGCAAGCGAUGGAAGUGAACAGCUCUUCACCCAACAGCAGCUCCAGCAGUGACAGCGGCACGACUGACUCCAACACUGUGGUAAACUUUGGGCUUUCCACUCGCUCAACUCCGGUAAACCAGGACGUCAGCCUCCAUCAGGCCUCCCUCCCCAGCUGCAGCCAAGACUUCCCCCCCAUCUUUUAUCCCCAGGUGGACUCCACUACCACCCCCCCAAGAACCACCAUGCUCAGACUUUCUUCCAGCAACUCCAGCAGCAUCAACUCCACGUUUGGAGCCACCAACCUGACCGGGAUCUUCAUCCCUCCACACGUUAACAGUUCCAGUACCAACAUUACAUCCACGCCGAUCCUUCCCGAUCCAUUCAGCAACCUUCUGGAAGAGUCCAUGCUGGAUGAGAUCAGCUUGCUGGACCUUGCUAUGGAGGAGGGCUUCAGCCAGGCCCAGGCCUCGCAGUUGGAGGAAGAGCUUGACUCAGAUUCUGGUCUCUCCUUGGACUCCAGCCACAGCCCGCCCUCCCCGAGCAGUUCCGAGACAUCCUGCUCCUCGGCAGCGUCUUCUUCUUCAACAUCCGCCACCUUCUCCGAGGAGGGGGCCGUGGGGUACAGCACCGACUCAGAGGUCGCCACCGCGGAGGAAGGUGCUGUCGGCGGUUAUCAGCCCGGGUACAGCAAGCUCUGCCGUAUGAGCUAUCAGAACCCCUCCCAGUUCCACGGCCUCCCUCAGCUGGACAACAUCGGCCACAAUCACACGUACAACCUGCCGCUUUCCUCCGUGUUCGCCGAGGAUCCGGAGCUCCCCAUCUCAUCCGGGAAGAAGGCCAUGAAACACUCGAAGCUUCAGCCUCCUCAGGACUUGUACGACAAGCACUCAAGUCGGGACGAACGCCGAGCACGGUCCAUGAAAAUUCCCUUCUCCAACGAGAAGAUCAUCAACCUGCCCGUGGAAGAGUUCAACGAGCUUCUAGCGAAGCACCACCUGAGCGAAGGCCAGCUGGCGCUCAUCCGUGACAUCCGAAGGCGCGGCAAGAACAAGAUGGCGGCUCAGAACUGCCGCAAGCGCAAGCUGGACACCAUCAUCAACCUGGAGCAGGGCGUCCACGACCUGCGGCGCAACAAGGGUCGCCUGCUGAAGGAGAAGAUGGAGUUCAUCCGUUCCAUCCGGCAGAUGAAGCAGAAGAUGCAAAGUCUGUACCAGGAGGUGUUCACUCAGCUGCGGGACGAGGAGGGCCGGCCCUACCCCCCCAGCGAGUACUCGCUCCAGUACAGUGCCGACGGCAGCGUGCUGAUCAUGCCCCGCGGCGUGACAACUGCGGAGCAACACCGUAAGCCCGAGAAAAAACAAAAAGACAAAAAGAAGUGAGGGGGGCGCUAACUGCUGUUUUAUUCUAUCACUUUGCUAAAUCAACAAGAACGAUUUCUGCAGAUGCAAGAGAGAUGCCCUUUUUUCCUUUAAGAAGAUUCUGGUGAGUAGAAAAAUGGCAUUGUUGACUACUCUUCCUGAAUUAGUUUCUCCCUUUUCAAUUUGUGGCUACAUUUUUUUCCUGGAAACAACUUUGAAGCAGAAGUAGCUCUCUCCGUUUGAGUACUGAUAUUUCAUUCUUUAAUUGGGGGAAAACAAUAAGCGCGGAGAAGAGGGAUGUAAAAGGACAUACAAUGAGCUAUUAGAAAAUGUUUAGCUGCUCUCGACCCUUUUGCAGCAAACCGCUAAGGAGGGAGACGAUUUGUGAGGUAAAUAAAAAGGACUGUUAUUCGAGAGAAGUGGGAGUAAAAGAACACUGUCGACGAGGACGGUUGGAGUACCUAUGCACCGGAGGUUUUAAAGGACAGAUCAUCCCAUCCUGGAGACUUUUUGUGAUUUCGACAGUGAGGUUUUUAAGUUGCAAAUCUUCAGGCGAAGAACAACAUUUGAGGUUCUGUGAGUUUACCAAAGGCUAAAGGAAGUCCAUCAGUUUUAGAAUGCCAUUAACACCUAUACUAACCAAAGGUUGUAUGGUGCACAUCACUGGAUCUGACUACAUUUUAAACACUGCACUCCAAUUGUCUGUUUAUGUGCGGCAAAUUCCAGUUUUUGAGUAUGUUUGUCGGAGUCCAGAGGGCCCCCGAAGUGAUUGGGUUUCAUGUGCGGAUUGGAAGGAGGAUGUUGGGAUGAGAAAGAGUGUUCCUGGGCUGGCCGCUGCUAAAAAAAAAAAGGGCGUGAAAGUGAAUUCCGGCAAGAGGAGCAGAUGGAUGUUUUAGGGAGGCACACUGCAUUGCAAAAUGUAUCAACUUCCUUAUAAAUUAUACAUAGCACUGUAAUUUGUCUUUACAAAGGCUUGGCUUUAUGCAUUUUGCCGUGUCUGUCGCUGUUCCUUCGCUGCGGGUUUAAAUACAGGAGCUGCGUUUAGGAGGGCUCUUAUUAACUGUUCAUAAUCUGUAGUAUAAGCAAGGUUAUAGGUCUCGCCACAUCAGCUUUAUAUAAAAGUCUACACACUUUUUGUUGGUUUUGAAACUUCACACAGAGCCUGUAAUCAUAAGAGGAAUUGAAGAUACUGUGAUGGGCCAGGAGCUCCAGAGGGAUUUCCACCUCGAGGUUUGCCGGUUUUUGUUGUCCUCUUUGACGCCUCGUUUUACGCACUAACUUAAAACAGGCUCAGUGGACGCCUGGUGGAGCGGAAUCCCUUUUUAAUUUAAUUUAUUUGCCAACCCCACUGAAAGCCACUUUAGGCAAUUUUUUAACUGCUGUAAAGCCAAGGUGUUGGCUUAAAUAUUAUGAGUCCUAUGUUUUUGUGUUAAUAAAACAAAGUGAGCCAAGUUGUUACAUGAGAAAAAAAUAAUAUUUGAAUGCGUGAUAUGACUGUGUGUGUUGUGGCCACUUUGCUUUGAAUGCCUUUAUUUCACAAUCUCAUUAUCUGUCACUUUAAAUGUUUUGAGAACCGGAGGAGAACGUUCUCAAAGUAGAAGUGCUAUUACUCGUCUAUUUGAAUGAAGUUUUGUCAGUACAUGUAACAUCGCCCUCUUUUUAAAAAGAAAAAAUAGGUUAUUAGUGCCAGCUCAGAUAGCGGUUAGGCUAAAAUAUUUAUAAGAGGCAGAACAGAACUCGCAACUUUAAGAUGAUGUCCAAAAAAUGUUUUUUGAAAGGAGAAAUGUCCUCAUUAAAUGUGAUAUUCAGGCAUGCAACUGGUUAACAUUUACUUCAGUGUAACCCAGUGCGACACCGACUAUUUAGUUCUGCUACUACUUAGUGCACUUUUUUUGUCUGUCUUGUUGUGUAAAUAUUUUCAUGUUUGUUUUUGUCAUGAUUUUAUGUAGUUUGUCAAGCGUCUCCAUAACGGUCUCACACUCUGCUUUCAGUUUGGAUGUAGUUCCCUCUGUUUUGAGAUAUUUGCCGGCAAUCAAGAAUUGUUUUUAUCGAUUAAUAAAGUGUUUUUAUUUUCA